AAGGAUAAACUAAUUGGAGCGUUUAACAUAUUAGUGUCGGCCUUAAUGACUGCAAAAGUCAUCAUUCAAUUUAUCAAAGAAGUGAUAUAUUGAAGAAAAGUUUUGUGUCUAAUCUAACCACUCCGUUACACACAUUUUACUAAGUUCCAUUACACACAUUUUAUUAAUUAAGUCGUUUUGAUUUGAACUUUUUCUCCAUAGCAUUCACAAUGAACUUGGAAUGAAAAAUAAUUAAUAAUAUUCAUUUCAAUUAAAAAUUUAGGUUUUAUGUAGGCUGUGAUUUAUGUAAUAACUGGUUCCAUGGCGUGUGUGUAAAUAUAACCGAGGAUGAAUCAAAAGAACUAACCGAAUUUAUAUGCAGUGAAUGUAGACAUGCGCGUGACACUCAAGAGCUUUUCUGCUUAUGUCGUCAACCAUAUGAUGAGACACAGUUUUACAUAUGCUGUGAUAAGUGCCAAGACUGGUUUCAUGGCCGUUGCGUGGGUAUUUUACAAUGCGAAGCUGAGAAUAUUGACGAAUAUAUCUGUCCCAAUUGCCAAAAGAAUAAUGCCGUGAACUUCGCGAACAUGAAAGACAUGGGCCACAAAGAAUAUGAAGAGCUUAAAAAAUUCAUCAAACAGAUCCAGAGCCAUAAAUGUGCCUGGCCAUUCAUGGAACCGGUUGAUCAAAACGAAGCUCCCGACUACUAUGUGCUGAUCAAAGAUCCAAUGGAUUUACAGAAGGUUGAAGGCAAAAUUAAUUUAAAGAGUUACAAAAAGUUAUCCGAGUUUAUUGCUGACAUGACAAAAAUAUUCGACAAUUGCCGUUUUUAUAACCCAAAAGAAUCACCAUUUUAUCGAUGCGCUGAAAGUUUGGAAGGAUUUUUCGUCCAGAAAAUCAAAUAUUUUCGUGAAUCCUUAGCCAAUUAGGAUCCUUUUCAGCAUCUCAUGAAAUGUUACAUUUUGAUAAAUUCGUUUGACUCAACUAGUGAUCGAACCAAAAUAUUCCACUAUUCUCAUGGGAUAUUUCAGAGGAACUUUAACAUACAUUUUCGAAGCGGAGCCUGUGGAAGAAACCUUCGUAAUAAAUUUGCUAUAAGGGAAAUAUCGCGGCUGAAAAUUCAGAUAAGAUCCAUUGCUGGGUUUGGUGCGAGACAUUAGCGGACCAACUGACGAUGAUAUCGCCAAAUUUACCAAAGGCGAAUGGUUUGAAUCAGUGUCAAUGUGGUUGUGCAUGCACUCAGAGAUCAAUGACCAUCAUAUCUGAGCUGACAACACCAUGACGAAAUUGAGAAAUACAUUACAUUGCUAAAGAUCAUAAAUAUUUUUUGAAUUUCGCGAAAAAAAUUAAUUUAGUUCAGAAAAAAUAAAAAAUCGUAACGAAAUAACACGGA